AUCAGUCGACAUGCAGCUGGCAAUUCGCCGCGAGUUUUACUUCGAUGGCGCUAAUUUCACGCGACUGGCUUUUCGCAAACGUUCUGUUUUACUUUUCAGUUACUGCACCCCAGAUUUCUCCUGCUGUUCUUGGCUUUUCCACGGCAGAGAACCCCAACUUUAUGGCUCCCAUUCCGAAUAUAACAGUAGCUGUGGGUAGAGAAGCUACUCUAGAGUGUAAAGUCGACAAUUUAUCCGUAUUCAAGGUGGCUUGGCUACGAGUGGACACACAAACUAUUCUAGCAAUCCACAGUCACGUUAUCACGAAGAAUCAUAGGAUAGCAGUGACUCAUACGGAGCACCGAAACUGGUAUUUGCAUAUACGUGAUAUUAGAAAUUCCGAUAAGGGAUGGUAUAUGUGUCAAAUCAACACCGACCCCAUGAAGAGCCAAGUUGGCUAUUUAGAUGUAGUUGUGCCACCGGAUAUUCUCGAUUAUCCAACUAGUACUGACAUGGUAGUACGUGAAGGAUCUAAUGUCAGCCUGCAAUGUGCUGCCGCUGGUUCUCCGGAGCCAACAAUAACGUGGAGGAGAGAGAAUGGAGAGUUGAUGGCUACAAGUCACGAAGUUGAAGUGUCAUAUUUUGAGGGUCCUGUCUUUAAUAUAACCAAAGUGAAUCGUCUACAAAUGGGACCAUAUCUGUGCAUUGCAUCCAACGGAGUACCACCUUCAGUCAGUAAAAGGAUCAUGUUGAUUAUACAUUUUGCACCAAUGAUAUGGAUUCAAAAUCAGUUGGUAGGGGCUGUGGAAGGACAUCAAGAGUCUCUGGAAUGUCAUUCGGAGGCGUUUCCAAAGUCAAUAAACUAUUGGACAAAAUUUGAUGGCAGAAUUAUAUCUCAAGGAACAAAAUACGAGCCAACGUUUGUAGACAAUACUUACAAAGUUUUUAUGAAGCUUACGAUUAAGAAUGUAAGCAUAUCUGAUUUUGGAACCUACAAGUGUAUCGCCAAAAAUUCACUUGGAGAGACGGAUGGUGCCAUUAAACUUUAUCAAGUAUUUAAUCCUUCCACCCCUAAGCCUUUAACAUCGUCUGCCACACAACACAACUUCUUAACAGGGAAAAGCAAUCAGAAGACCGCUAUCGGACGAGCGAGCCACAAUGCGAUACAUUUUGAAACUGUGUCAAAUUUGUCAAACAAAAAGCAAAGCGAUUCGUAUGAUUCAUCUAGCGGAAAAAGCACCACAGCAGAAAAUCUUGAGCAAGUACCAGCAUCUGUAGCAACUAGUUUUUAUACAUUUCAAAUUACAUUACCCAUUAGAAGUUGUUUUUUAAAAGGGUACAUUCCGUUUAUACUCAUAAACAUAGGAUUACUUGAUACUCAUAUUUGGUAGAUAAUCAUCUCCACAUUUUUGGGCUUUCAUUUAUUUUGACACAUUCCAACUUGGUAGAAUCUUCUAUACUUGAUAAUCAGAAGCUGCAGACUGACAAAAUCAAUACGUCUGAAAGAACCUCAUUAUCGAUGCCUAACAAUAUAUGUAUUUGGGAGUCAAAAUCAGCCUUUUUAAUUGAAAAUAGAGUCAUAAAGUUUUUUAUUUACAUAAGAUGAGAUUGUAAUUUCGAAAUUUUUUGUUCUUUAUGUUAGUUCUGAAACUGUAAAUAGUUAUCAGCAAUACAGGGUCUUCAAGAUAAGGAUGCAUCGCAUGGGAUCUCCGAAAUCGUAGGAAAUAGGGAGUCGGUUAAAUUAUGAAAAAGUUGCGUAAUUAAUGACCACCAAUGAAAGUAAAUUACAACAUGUUGGUUUUUUGAAAUAAUCAUCAAUUAGCAUUGGAAACUCAAUUAGAAAUUUUUUUUAUAUUUUACUACUGGAAAACAUACAAAAUUGCUGGUUUCAAUAAGACGGAGCUCCUGAGCACAGUGUCCGACAAUUUCUGCAGUACCGGUCUCAACGGGUCCCAAGAAGAUAGAUCGGAACUUAUGGUGACACUAUCCGAUCAGCACAACCGCCAGACUUGAGCCCACUCGACUUCACACUCGGGUUACACUUAAAACAAAGUUUAUAUUCAAUAUUUUAACACGGCAAGCUAACCUUUGAGCCCAUUAACCCAUGUAUUUAAUUUCAUAACUUCAGAUCUAUCCCGGUAUGUAAAUUUAACGGUAAGACGAACGUACCUGUGUUUAGAUAAUAAUGGUACCUGUUCGAGAACCUCAAACGUCUCGAAUCUCAAUUUCUGCACGCCAUCAGCAUCGGCAAUAAUGCAGAUACCGGUGAUUCGAAACCUACCCUGCGGCCAGGCACUUGUGAAAGAACCAUGGGGGCUCACUCAUAUGGCCAUGCGCGUACCCAUGUUUUUGGGAGCGCAGCCCCGCCAUCUGUGACUGGUUUGUUCAAGAUAAAUUGAAUGAAGUGACAAUUUACAGUUUCCACUUAAGGGCAUAAAAGAGACAAUCUUAUAGUUUCCACUUAAGGGCAUAGAUGACAUGAUAGCGCAUUUAUAAAACGUGGGGAUUUACUAUUUUUAUGUUACAACAUGUUUUAACAAUUUUAUUGAUAACCUAGGCAACGGAAAUAUAACGAGUGUAAAUUUGAUCUGCCACUUCAUUUUGUCUUUUUCAUUUCUAAUUAGAUGCAUGAACGGGGAGACCAAAGUUCAAUCAAAAUUGGUUGCUAACUCAAAAACAGUUGAAAAUUAUUACAGAACAUUUGUAUAGAGUAGGAAUAGAAUUGUGGCAAUAGUUAGAAUAUGCAAUAAAAAGUACGGCAUUCCAUUUAAAAAACGACAAGUUUGGUCUGCUACUUGAAUUUGAGACACCCUGUAUUAAUUGAUAUUAUCUUAAAAUAAACUAGACGUUAGUAUCUACAACUUUUGUAUUUAACAUUUUUCUCUAAAUUGCAAAUGAGAUGCAAAAACGGGGUGGCCAAGUUUAAUCAAUAACCCUGUACAUAUAAAAUAGAAAAAUUUAUAAAAAAAAUUUUUUGAAGUAAUAAUCGGUACACACCGUACUGUGUUAUAAUACAUCGUUACAUUCGCUAUUAUAUUUAUAAUAUUAUAAAAGUGCUCUAAAAAUCUAAUACCUUAUGUAUGUUUUUUCAAUCCAGGUGAAAAAGAACUUGGUGAUGAAAUGUUGGAAUACAUUUUCAUCGACAUUAUGUUGUAGAGGUCGAAAAGGUGCUAUAAGGAGGUAUUUUUGUUUUUUCAAAUCAGUUGAAAUAACUCCGCAUAUGAUAAAGAGCGAAAAUACGAAAAUCCACAUAUUUUCUCAAUCUAAAUAUCUCAAAAUAUAACAACAAUAUUUUUUUUUCAAAAACGCCAUGUAUAUUUCCCUCUGAUUGCGCAACUUUUUCAUAAUCUAACCGACAUCGCAUCUCUUACAGUUUUCACGAUGCCCAUGCAAUGUGAGCUUAAAUUGGUCACCCUAUGCCUAGAAGUUCAUCAGGCAGUAGAACAAAAUGUAAACAUAUCAUGUUGACCAAUAAAAUCAUUUUUUGUAAUAUCACAAGUCAAAUUUCCAACGAUUAAUUUAAGUAUAUAUUGAUUUGAAGGAUGUAUGUAAUAUAAAUAAAAGUAAUCGGAAGAAAU